AUGUUCAGCAAGCUCACCUACAAUCACCAAGCUAAAGAAGACAAACCAAUGACCUUUGACGGAACCCCAAUGAAAAACCCCCAACUCUCCCGAAUCCAAGGAGAACCUCUCCGCGGAUUAACAGAUCUCCCUCACCACGGAGCCUCCACCUCAGCCGCCGGAAUGUUUAACAGACAAGACUCCCUCGCCCUUGCGGCAUCCUUCCAACAGCGUGACCGUGAACGCUACCCAGUGGACUUUAUGGAAACUGAAUUAGACCUUGACAACUACCUCCAAUGCUUUACCGACCUUGACGUACCUGCCGAUAAUGUGGACUUCGACGAUGCCGAACUCCAAAAAGUGAACAUCCUCUACGAUGGAGAGCGUCCUUAUGAGCAGCCUGUCCUAAAUGGAUAUGAACGUCAUGUGACAUACGGUCCCGGGUUUCGGAAACCCGAAGAAUUUGAUCAGGAUGCCUACAAGAUGAAUUGUGAAGUUAAGACUGAGGAAGAAGUAUUGGAACACGCAAACAAAACCCGACGAGCCACCAAACGACCUGCCUACGAUGAAUACGAGGAUGACUACAGCGGAUCAAGCAACGGUUCGGAGGAUGAUGGCAGUGUUGACGACUCCUACAUUGAGCCCAAUAGCAAGAAAAGAAAAAGGACCGGAUUGGAAAACUUCAGACCUCAAACCCGUGCUAGAAAGUAUAACUUGAAAGCAGAUACUGAGAAAGCGGAGCCCACCUACAAACUGAAAAGAGCCAGGAACAAUGACGCCGUCCGGAAAUCCAGAAAUAAGGCAAAGGAACUCCAGAGAAAGCGUGAAGAAGAGCAUGACAAAAUGAAGAGAAGGAUUGCAGAACUAGAAGGACUCCUCUCUUCGGAACGUGAAGCUAGAAAACGCUCUGAGGAUCUUUUGGAAACAUUUUUACGUAAUAAAGCGCCCUUGAUGAAAGAACAGAAGGAGCAUAAAACCAACGGCCGGCUUAUACUGGAAACACCUUCGCACUAUAACAAACACCACUGA